AGCACGUCUCGAUCGAUGAGAAUACUAGUCAAAAAUGGAUUGUCAAUUAUCAGGAUGUGUACGAAACGAUAUUUAGCAACUUUUAACAUGAGACCUCCAAUGGAACCAGAACCCGGAUUGUGCUGUCAAGAAGGAUGUGAAAGUUGUGUAUGGCUUAUUUAUGCCCAAGAACUUUUAGAUUAUUAUCGCUCAAAAUACCCUACAAAUACACUCGAACGAGUAAAAGAAGAAAUCGGCGACAAAAUCGAAUCGCCAUCAGUCAAAGAAUACGUUUUAAUGGAGAUUUCGAUGUCAGAAAAACGAUAUAAGGAUAUGGCGGCACUUGGAACAAGAAAAAAGCCAGGAGAAUCAAAAUAAAAUGUUUUUAUUUCAAAAAUUGCAUAGUAUUAAUUAAAAAUCGUGUACAUACGUGUAGUAGGAGCCAUUUUUCGAAUAAAAAAUAAUUUAUAUAAUUUAAA